GGCGGGCGGUGGCUGCGCUGCACCCGUCUGGUGCGCACAGGACCUGGGUCGGCACCGGAGCCUGUCAUUCCGGAGGGGUCUGUGGGGGUGCGAGUGGGCAUGCACCCGGGUCCCCAGCGCACUGGCGGCGCAGGGCUCGCGAUUCCCGCCCCACGGCCCCGCCCCUUGCCCCACCCCAGCCGGGCGGCUUAGCUGGGGCCGCAGCGCGGCGGCAACAUCACUCUCGCUGCCGCUGCUCCGCCCCAUCGCCUUCUGUUUUUCUCUCUCAUUCUCCGGUGGCGACGGCGGGGAAGGAGGAGGCAGGGGCAGCAGCAGCCGCGCUGGCUGCAAUGAAUGAUCCCCCAGCUGGGGGAGAGGACUCCAGGUGAGCCUCUGCCCUCGGGAGGGCCGGGACCCCCGGUCGCCCAGGACCUGCAGCCCCCCCCGCCAUGGAUCCCUAGAGGAGGAGGAGGACAAGGAGAAGACAGCUCUGCCGCCCACCCCCAUCCCAUUUUCCUCUUCCUUUAUCUCAUUGUUGCUGUAGCUGUUUACGGCAGGGCUCCCGCUGCCCCAGCAUGGGGCGGGCUCCGGGUACUGCCAUUCGGCCGGCGCUUCUCCCGUUGCUGCCCGGCGAUUCUGCCUAAUUCUCCCUCCGCAGCUGGUGCAGCGAGGACCGGAGAGCGGUGGAGGCCCGGACUGCAGCAGCGACGGGGCCACCUCCCAGCAUCCCCACCCUAGGAGUCUACAGGCGGAUUGAAGAACGGCGCCUGGGGGCUGGGCCGGCCCCGCCGAUACGGACCUAGGGAGGACAGCAGGACCGCCUAGGCUGCGGAGAGGGGUGGGGGGGGUCAGGAAGGACAGAGCAGCAAGAUGGCCAGUAAAACCAAGGCCAGUGAGGCCCUGAAGGUGGUGGCCCGGUGCCGCCCCCUCAGCCGGAAGGAGGAGGCUUCUGGUCACGAGCAGAUCCUGACCAUGGACGUGAAACUGGGCCAGGUGACACUGCGAAACCCCCGCGCUGCCCUAGGGGAGCUGCCCAAGACCUUCACCUUUGAUGCCGUGUAUGAUGCCAGCUCCAAGCAGGCAGACUUGUAUGAUGAAACCGUGAGGCCCCUGGUAGACUCGGUGCUUCAAGGUUUCAAUGGCACCGUGUUUGCCUAUGGACAGACCGGCACGGGCAAGACCUACACCAUGCAGGGGACCUGGGUGGAGCCCGAGCAGCGCGGGGUCAUCCCCAAUGCCUUUGAGCAUAUCUUCACCCACAUCUCGCGCUCCCAGAACCAGCAGUACUUGGUCCGGGCCUCCUACCUGGAGAUCUACCAGGAGGAGAUUCGGGACCUGCUCUCCAAGGAGCCUGGCAAGAGGCUAGAGCUGAAGGAGAACCCUGAGACAGGCGUCUACAUCAAGGACCUGUCCUCCUUCGUCACCAAGAAUGUCAAGGAGAUUGAGCACGUGAUGAACCUGGGGAACCAGACCCGGGCGGUGGGUAGUACACACAUGAAUGAGGUCAGCUCCCGCUCCCAUGCCAUCUUUGUCAUCACCGUGGAGUGCAGUGAGCGUGGCUUGGAUGGCCAGGACCACAUCCGUGUGGGCAAGCUCAACCUCGUGGACCUGGCUGGAAGUGAGAGGCAGAACAAGGCAGGCCCCAAUGCGGCUGGAGGGACGGCCACGCAGCCCACGGGUGGUGGCGGUGGUGGAGGUGGUGGUGGUAGUGGAGAGAGGCCUAAGGAAGCCUCCAAAAUCAAUCUCUCGCUGUCUGCCCUGGGCAACGUGAUCGCUGCUCUGGCGGGCAACAGGAGCACCCAUAUCCCCUACCGGGACUCCAAGCUGACCCGGCUGCUCCAGGACUCUCUGGGGGGGAAUGCCAAGACCAUCAUGGUGGCCACCCUGGGGCCAGCCUCUCACAGCUACGAUGAGAGCCUCUCCACCCUGCGCUUUGCCAACCGGGCCAAGAACAUCAAGAACAAGCCCCGGGUGAACGAGGACCCCAAGGACACGCUGCUGCGGGAAUUCCAGGAGGAGAUCGCCCGCCUGAAGGCCCAGCUGGAGAAGAAGGGGAUGCUGGGAAAGCGGCUCCGGAGGAAGAGCAGCCGCAGGAAGAAGGCCGUGUCAGCCCCGGCUGGGUACCCUGAGGGGCCGCUGAUGGAGGCCUGGGUGGCCGAAGAGGAGGAUGACAACAACAACUACCGCCCGCCCCAGCCCACCCUGGAGUCGGCCUUGGACAAGAACAUGGAGAAUUACCUGCAGGAGCAGAAGGAGCAGCUGGAGGAGGAGAAGGCGGCCAUCCAGGAUGACCGCAGCCUGGUGAGCGAGGAGAAGCAGAAGCUGCUGGAGGAGAAGGAGAAGAUGCUGGAAGACCUGCGGCGGGAGCAGCAGGCCACAGAGCUGCUCGCAGCCAAGUACAAGGCCAUGGAGAGCAAGCUGCUCAUCGGGGGCAGGAACAUCAUGGAUCACACCAAUGAACAGCAGAAGAUGCUGGAACUGAAGAGGCAGGAGAUUGCCGAGCAGAAACGCCGCGAACGGGAAAUGCAGCAGGAGAUGAUGCUCCGAGACGAGGAGACCAUGGAGCUCCGGGGCACCUACACGUCCCUGCAGCAGGAGGUGGAGGUCAAAACCAAGAAACUCAAGAAGCUCUACGCCAAGCUGCAGGCGGUGAAGGCGGAGAUCCAGGACCAGCACGAUGAGUACAUCCGCGUGCGGCAGGACCUGGAAGAGGCACAGAAUGAGCAGACCCGGGAGCUCAAGCUCAAGUACCUAAUCAUCGAGAACUUCAUCCCCCCUGAGGAGAAGAACAAGAUCAUGAACCGGCUUUUCCUGGACUGCGAGGAGGAGCAAUGGAAGUUCCAGCCACUCAUGCCCGGUGGAGCCAGUAACAGCCAAAUGAAGAAGCGGCCAACAUCUGCAGUGGGCUACAAGAGGCCUAUCAGCCAGUAUGCUCGGGUUGCCAUGGCAAUGGGGUCACACCCCAGGUAUAGGGCCGAGAACAUCAUGUUUCUGGAGUUGGAUGUGUCCCCUCCAGCGGUCUUUGAGAUGGAAUUCUCUCAUGAUCAAGAACAAGACCCCCGUGCAUUACACAUGGAGAGACUCAUGCGGUUGGACAGCUUUCUGGAAAGACCUUCCACAUCUAAAGUCCGAAAGUCCAGAUCCUGGUGCCAGAGUCCUCAGCGGCCUCCACCUUCCAUUGCACACGCCUCGCUGGCCUCCGCUGCUCUGCUCCCCACGACAGCGCUAGACCACGAGUGACAACCUUCAGUCGGGCUGCCCAUCCCCCAGACCCCAGGGACGGGGCAGCCAACCCUGGAUCAUCUCGCCUGACGCUCGGUGUGCGUGCGUGCGUGUGUGUGUGCGCAUGUGCAUAUGUGUGCGGGGCGAGAAUCUGGCAGACCGUGCCUCUGCUGGCUCUCAGCCUCCUUUAUUUAAUUAAUGUUAUUUAUUCGUGGAGCUCAGUUCUUGUGGGAGAGGUGCCCUCGCCUGAGCUUGCCAUGGUCGCCGCACAGCCUCCUCGUCUCCUGACUUUAGACCCCCCUCUGCCCCAAUGAGACCUCAUGCUCCUCCCUGUCAGUUGCCCCCAGGAGGGAGGGCGGCGGGGCCUGAGAAGAGAGUGCUUUCUCUACCCAGCGCGCUCCGUAAUCUCCCAUCUCCUCCUGCACUGCCGGUAAGCAGCUCCUGAGCACUUUCUGGGACUAGAAAAAUGCUAGGUGUCCACCGAGGCCAAGAGACGUCCAUCCUGGUGGUGUUGAGCCUGUGCUUCCGGCGGACAGAGACCGCUCUCCACUUUCUGGGUCGCAAACAACCUCUUUCGGUUUCUUGGGCUCCUUUUCAAGGACUCCAGUGACCUCAGCCACACGGUCCAUGCUUUUCAGCUUUGGCAAGAACUCGUGGCUUCACAAACUCUGCUUCCUGCCCACCUUCCCAACCCGUGGAUGCGAAUUGUGACCCCACCGGUUGCUGCGUCCUUGGGACCUUCAGGAAAUGGAACAGUAAUAGAGACAAUGUGGACAGUCAUCGAGGGACGGCCCUUUGUUUCUGUCCCCUCGGAGAACUAACCUUGGCCGACAAGCAAUCAGGCCAGCUCCCCAUCUUCGAGAUGCUGCUCCUUCCUGCUUUCAUCAUUUUCCUUGCAGCUGCCUGGAUCCCCGUUCACAGUGGAAGGGAUCAGUAUCCUUCUCCCUCUGGCUAAACAAAGGUACCACAGAAUCUGUUGCUUUUCCCCCUCACUGAGCACAGGAGAUGGAGGCCCAGGCGCAACCUGCCAACUCUGCCUGUUACCCCUGUUUCUGAAUCACGUUUGCUGGGCACUGUUUUGUUGACAAGACUGACAUUUUCUUCAGCAUUGUGCAAAUUGGUCCCUAGGGAAGUACUCCUCACUUUCCUUUGUGACAACCCGGUAUGUCUCCAGGUAACUCGAGUAAAUUUCUACCAAAAAAAGAGAGGUUAAUUUUCAUUGACUUACCUUUUAAUUGUAUAGUUUAGUGGAAGGGUAAAGAGGUAAUCAUGAAUGAAAACAUGUGGUUUGGGAUUUCAAAACGACCUGAUAAUGGAGUCUCCAGUUCCUAGAACAUGAGGAGUUUUGUCACUGGGGGAAAGGCAUGAAACUGACAUGAAAUUGGGGGCGUGGGAGGUGGCGGUAGGGGCCGACUACCUGGUUUUUCUCUUUCCGUCAGGAACUGAAAGCUUCUUGCACAGUUCAAGUUCUGCUCUAAGGACCAAGCUAUGGUUUAGUUUAAUUCAGUGAUGCUGUCAUCGCUGCCGUAACUACGGGACCAGGUAGCUGGGCCACUCAGUUGCCACUUGCUUCUGUCCUUCAAGGAAAUAACAUUUCUCAUCAGAGCCCAGGAGAUUAUUUGAGACCCAGGAUUCAGAUCAGAGCUUCGGCUGUGGCUGGGACAAGACCAGUGUGUAGAAAUUUCCCAGGGGGCCUGGGCACAGAGGGACCUCCAGUCCUGCGCUGAGCAGCCUCUCCCACUGACCUCUUUCUCAUUUGUGGAUGAAGCCGCACGUGUUAGCCCCGUUCAUCACCUGGACACAUCGACUCUGCGUUGUCUGGUCACUUGACCCUCACAGUCUUAUAGCACAAUAUACCCAGCUUCUUCACCCCCUGUCUGAGGGCUGGGCCCAAGGUGUGGUCAGAGGAGGAGCUCCUGCCUGCAGUUUUGUGUACGUGUGUGUUUGUGUGUGUGUUUACCUCCACGGGGGACACUCUACACUCAGUGUAAGAUAUGCUGGGAACAGGGCCACCAGGGUGGCUGGAUCUCGGUCUCUCUGUCUCUCUCUCUCUUCUUUUCCUCUUGAUGUAUCAAACACUUGGUUGACAAAGUAAGGGCCUUGAUUAGGACCAAAUUUCCGUGUCUGUUGCUAUGGUCUUCAUUUAGGACAACAGUUAGCAAUGCUGUGGCCCAUUCUUGUCACUCUAUACAUAUGACGAUACAGGACAUAUGGAAUAUAUAAAUAUAUAUAUAAAACAUUACCCUCUGUCUUCUUGGCUUAGGAUGAGAUCUCUCUGUUGAGCUGAAAUGCACCUGCAGCUCAGUGCUGCCAGCAACCUGCAGGCUCCAGCCCUGUUCUAAUUAACGCAGUCGAUAAUAAAGGAAUGAGUAUCGUUACAGAGUUGGUGGCCUGCCUUCUCUUCCCUCUGACUCUUUCUACUUCUCUUUUUAUGUUCUCCCUUCUCUCUCUUCCUUGUUUUUUCCAAGAGGGGUUCAAGAGUAUUCGGAGCCCAGCUGCAGUGAUGAGCACCUGGGAAAAGAACUGGCUGCUUAAUAAAAGGGGCUCCGUCCGAGCAUCAAGGCGGAGGGGGCAGGGCUCAGGCUCCAGUCUGAAGUCUGUGCCCGAGCCAUGGCAGCAGCUGUUCGUGUUCUAAGCUAGCGGUCCUCUCCCAGUUAAUUCUGAGCUAUUAGCAGAUUUCAGAACUGCCUGUCCAGAUGAGCUGUCAAUAUCAUUUAACAGCUGUGCCCCUUCUGCUCCUCCGUUUAUCAGCCAAGAGAGAUUAAAACAGGCAAUAAUGUGUGUAAAGCACAUCGAUAUGACUGGCACGUGGUAGGUGCUUGCUGAAUUAAAAUAAUUCAAGACUAGCUUCCCCUUAUCCUGUCUUCCCAGGGCCUCUUUCCCUCCCUCUGGGUUCUAGUUGUCGGCUCCCUGUAGCGUGGAAGUCUUACAGGAAAUGAGAAGUAGUUGCUGCUAAAAAACACGAAGCCCAAGGAAUUCCCUGGCAGUCCAGUUGUUAGGACUCGGCGCUUCCACUGCCAGGGGUCCGGGUUCGAUCCCUGGUCAGGGGACUAAGAUCCCACAAGUUGCGUGCUGCGGUCAAAAACAAACAAACACACACGAGGCCCUGACUCCUGGGAGAGCACUGAGGUUAGCCUGGUGCACAGGGCGUGGCCGCGUGCCCAUUGUGGCACUGACGCUUCUCCUGGAGGGCCCUCCUGCCUCUGUGUCAGCUCCAGCCCUGAGAUCCAAAGGGGUUCCAGGGCUCUGCUGCUUGAGGGAUUUGCCAGGUGUUGUUAGGUACUUUACACACCCAUAGUCGUUUAAUCCUCCCAGGUGGGAAUGGUUGUCACUGGUUUACUGAUGAAAUUUAGGCAAAUUAACUAACUUGGCUAAAGACGUAGGGUUAGUGAUGAAGCUGGACUUCCAGACUCUAAAGCCUGUAUUGAUUCUGUGCCUCUAGUGCAUCUGCACCUCAGGACUGAUAGGCACCCUACAUGUUCUACAAGUAGUGCAAGCCAGGGACAGAAGGGCAGAGUGGUGGGAAUAAAACCAGAUCGCCAAACCCUUAACCUUGAGGUCCUAUUUUAAUACCACUCAUUCCUCCCGUUAGCCGUGGGCUCACUUGUGUGGCUGGGAUAGGCGGUUCUAGAGUUCCACGGACCAGCCAGGGGGCUGGAACUCACCCUUGGCUGGGGUCCCCUUGCUUGUCAGUAUGGCAACUGCCGUAUUUCUCUUCUUUCUCCAAGCCUGGGCACCUGACCUCCAGAAUUACUUCUUUCUGUCUUCAGACGCCUAGGUCUGGGUGUGUGUUAGUUAGAACUCUUGGCCACUACUAAAGAUUCGCUUAAGUUGGCCUGAACGAAAUAAGGACACGGAAGCAUGCUGUGGACACCAUGGGCAAGGACAGAACCAGUUCUCAGGAACGACCUAGUGCCAGGGACUCAGACCCCACAAAGACCCUCUCUAUCUCACUGUACUUUCUGGGUGGGGUUCAUGCUGUUUCCUCAGCUGCUCCAGUCUGUGACUUAGAAUAUACGCCUGCCAGCAGCUCUGUUUACAUGACUCAGUCAUUCGGAGAGACUUAGAAGUCCCAGUGCCAACUUCAUGGGAAUGUGAUUCCAAUUCAGUGGUUUGGGUUAGAUGGGUGGGAACAUGAUAUAUGAACAAGACCUCCAAGAAUCCUGCUGCAGUACCCAUGUGUACAUGGGGUGGUGAUGGUGGAAAUACAAGAUAUUCCUCAAAAAAGUUGAUGGGGGUAGCAGUUGGGGUGGAGUGUGCUCUGGGAAGUCAACAAAACAGAUGUUCACAACCAGUGUAUUCAUCACCCAGGAUGGCUUAAGAAAAAUUUGCUCUGGGCUCAUCCUUUCUUUCUGGCCAUUUUUCUUAUAACAGAUCACCUGCACCAAAAAUACCACCCUCAGAGGUUCUGCUUUGUUAGAUCCAGGAUAGAUCCAUGAGGUGGACACUGCAAGUUGCCUUUCCAAUAUCCAUUUUUCCCUUCCUCCUUUCUUACAAAAUAAUUUUGUUCAAGGAGGGCAGUGCACCCAACUAAAAAUACUCAUAUUCCCAGACUCCCUUGCACCAGUGGGUGGCCAUGGGGCAUGGUUUUGGCUGAGGAGAUGCAAGUAGAAGUUGGCUAGGGAUUUCUGGAAAUGUUUUUGCUUUUCCUAUUAUAGAUAUCACCCAUUUCUCCUCUUCCCAUAUCCUCUUCCUGCCCAGAAUUCAAAUGCACCUCCUGAAGUACAUUCUUUCAUUGAACAAAUAUUUACUGAGCACCUGUUACCCGUAUAUUCCAAGUACUGUUCUAAGUGCUGGGAAUACAGCAGUGAAUAGAACAGACAGAAGCCCCUGUCUUCACAGUGCUUAAUUUUAGGGUGGGGAGAAAAACAUUAAACAAAAAAAAACUAUUGCAGGGUCAGAUGACAAUGUGAAUGGCCAAGAAAAAUAAAGCAGAGAAGGGAGACGGGGAGCUCUAGGUACUGAUGGUGGUGGUGAUGGAAAGGGAUUGGGGGGUUGUAGUCACCCCCUUAUUAGUCACUUACUAAGAAGAUGACAUUGGAGCAAAGUCCUGAAGGAGGUAAGUAAGUGGACUCCAGGAGAGGGAAAGCAAAUGCAAACUUCAUGGGUGAGAGUAUGUCAGGCUUGUUCAAAGAUAUUGCAACCCUGAGGCAACAAGCAUAACACGGAAAGGUUGAUGGAGUGGAGAGACCGUGAGUCCCAAGUCCCUGGCAGGGUUUGCACUGCUGCAUCAGCUUGGGUCUGUCCACUUCUAGACUUCUAAUGGUGCCAGACAAACUCCCAGGGGUUUAAGUCAGUGUUAGGGGGGACUUGCCAGGAAUCUGCAUGUGAAACGGGAUUUGCCAGGAAUCUGAAGGUGAUUCCAAUGAACGCUCCCUCAAGUAUGAGAAUCUUAGUUGCAGCCAUUUGUGAUUUUGUGUCAUACUCCUUUGGGCCUGCCCUUCAAGCACCGGCACUGGGGCCACCUGCUUGUGUAAACACCAGGACUGCCCUCCUCGGGGGUGGUAGAGGCAGAGGGCACAGAGCCACUGGAGGGCACCUCGGAGCCCCUGUGUUCAACCACAAGUCCUUUCUUUACAACUGGCCCGGGGGAGGCUGCUACGUUGUUUGGUCUAGAAAACCAAAGGGAUUAUUUGUUAACAUCCGAAGCUCCCAUUUUGCAAUAAGAAAAAGUAGACCCAGAAAAAGAAAGUGAUUUCCAGAAAGUCACACAAAUGGUGUGCAAGCUGGGCCUGGAGAGCAUAAGGACUUAUUUGCUAGACACACUGGUUAUGUUUUUUGUUGUGUGUUUAUUUUAUUUGGUUUUUAAAAAAUAAUUUAAAACUCACAGAAAAGUUGUGGGUAUCACACUAAGAAUUACCAUGUACUCUUAGCCCAUAGACCUCGUUUAAGUUUUGCCAACUGACCCUAGAAUGACCUUUAUAGCAAAAGGAUUCAAUCCAGGAUCAUGUGUUGUAUUUAGUUAUCAUGUCUCUUUAGUCUCCUAUCUAGAAGAAUUCCUCAGUCCAUUCUUGACCUUUAUGCCGCCUUUAAUAUUCUUUAAUAUUACAGGCCAGUUAAUUUGUAGACUGUCCCUCGAUUCAGGUUUGUCUGAUAUCUCCCAUGAUUAGAUUCAGGUGAUGCACAGAAGUGAUGCUGUCGUCCUUUUACUGUAUCCCAUUAGGUGGAACAUGAUGACAUGGCUUUGUCCUAUUACUGGUGAUGUUAAGUUUGAUCAUUUAUUUAUUUAUUGAAGUGCCUUUUUUUAAAAAAUUCAUUUAUUUAUUUAUUUUUGUCUGCAUUGGGUCUUUGUUGCUGCGGGUGGGCUUUCUCUAGCUACGGUGAGCGGCGCUACUCUUUGUUGCGGUGCGCGGGCUUCUCGUUGCAGUGGCUUCUCUUGUUGCGGAGCACGGCCUCUAGGCACGCAGGCUUCAGUAGUUGUGGCAUGCGGGCUCAGUAGUUGUGGAUCACGGGCUCAGUAGUUGUGGCUCACGGGCUCUAGAGCACAGGCUCAGUAGUUGGCGGGGCUUGGGCUUACUUGCUCCGCAGCAUGUGGGAUCUUCCCGGACCAGGGCUCGAACCUGUGUCCCCUGCAUUGGCAGGCAGAUUCUUAACCACUGCUCCACCAGGGAAGUCCCAGUUUGAUCGUUUAUUAAGGUGGUGUCUGCCAGGCUUCUCUAUUGUAAAGUAGUCACUCUUUAUCCAUUUGUAAUUUUCUUUUUAACAUCUUUAUUGGAGUAUAAUUGCUUUACAGUGUUGUGUUAGUUUCUGCUGUAUAUCCAUUAGUAAUUAAUAAGCAUCUUGUGAGGGGAUAUUGUGAAAUUAUGUAAUAUUCCACUCCUCUAAAUUUUACCCAUGGUUUUAAUGUCCAUUGAUAAUUUCCUCCUUGAAUUGAUUAUUACUGUAUGGUUGCCAAACAGUGGCUUUUGACUUCCAUUAUUUUUCUUACAUUUAUUAGUUGGCAUUAACUUGUUAGAAGCUGCUUUCUCUUCUCCUUAUCUCUUUGUUUAUUUAUAUCAAUAUGGACUCAUGGAUUCUUAUUAUAUUCAGUGGGUUGUACUCCAUUAUUACUAUGAUUUGUUUUGACACUCAGAUUAUCCCAGAUUUGAUCAGUGGCAGUGCCUUCAAGCUGGCUUCUGUGUUCUUUUGAAAUGUUCCCAUUACUUUUUGUAUACAUUCUUACUUUCUGGCACAGAAAGAUAUUCCAGACUUAUCACAAGAGUCCUGAUUCCUUUUAAUGGAGAAUGGUACACUUAUUUCUAAUGGCAGUCUCUACUCCCAGGAGUUCUCAAUGGACAGAGCUUGAAUUAAAAAAAAAUAUAUAUAUAUAUAUAUAGUAUAUACAAAGAUACACACACACUUUACAAUUGAAUUGAGUUUGCAUCUGAGUUCACACUGAUUCCCCCAAUUCCAACCAACAUCUAGAGUUCCUGUUUUUCAUCUUUAUAACUCUUUUCUCUGACAGUUGAGAAACCUGGCUCCCACUAACCUCAAUAUACUGUAUUUACUUAUUUGCCCAAUUCCCUUGUUUGUGGCCAAUUUCUUGACCCACACAAGGCUGCCACCCUGCUCAGCUGUCUUCCUCACAUGAGCGCCAACACCUCCACCAGGCCAUGGUCUGCGCAGCCAUGCCUAAUGAUGGAAUUACUAAGGAGGGAGGAAACAAAGGAGGGAACUGGGAGGUGAGGGGUGGGGAAAGAGACAUUAUAUUUGAAGCAAAAACACUCCCGUUGUUUUAUAUCCCUCUCUGUGUGCUGAAGCAAAUCUAGAAAAGGACAAGAUGAUGAGAAAAGAAAGGAUGUGAACUGUCCCUGCUCUAGGGGUUUGCAAAUUGAAUAGUCAGGGAGAAAUUCUUUCUGAAUGCUAAGAGCGGAAACACCCAGUGUGCUCACCACCCAGGCUCACUGUGCACACAUCUGGCUUCCACCUGGGGCUGGUCCUCACCGGUGCAUUGGCUGUAGCAUGCCCAUCUCCUGUGUGCCCCUAGGCAAGUCAUCCAACUCCCUGGUUCAUCUAAAUGAUGACCUUUCCCCACCCCACCCCCUCACCAGCACUUACUCAUGAUAAGAGGCGCUCCAGAAUUUACAAAGAAUAAAGAGCCCUAUAAGUGUAAUGGGUUAUUAUUAUAGUUGUGUCGGGAUAUCAGAUCAGCUGCCUAAAUGGAGAUCCCAAAUAACUGGGGCUCAAACAAAACAGAAGUUUCAUUACUCUCUCGUAUAGUAACAUGGCUAUACGUGGACCAUGGCUGGUUUGAGGACUGAUAGGGCUGUUCCAUGGGAUUAGAGACCUACACUCCUACCUUGUUGAUCCAACAUCUUUAGAGUGUUGUCCUUGUCCACAGGGCCAAGAUACUCAUCACUACAUCUUCGCUCAGGUACCCAGGAAGGGAGAAAAGGAGGAGUAGAGGGCAUGCCCUGUUCCUUAAUGUGAACCUGGAAGUUGCAUAAUCCCAUUGGCCAGAACUUUCUCACACCUACCUUCAAGGUCGAAUCUUUGUCUUUAUUCUGAGUGGCUAAUAAUCAGAGGUUUUAUUAAGGCACAGCUGUAUGAAUUGGCUCUGUUUCUGGUCACAAGGUAAUCCCUGUAUUUUCUGGGCUCCUCAUAUAAUGGCCUCUGCAAAGUCCAGAUGUGUCUCUGCCACAGACAGCAGAGCCAAGAUUUGCAGGACUUGGACCUUAUACAGUUUUGGAGAGAGGAAGGAUAACUCUUACCAAGAAAAAGAGAGAAAAUAAUGAAACAAAAUUAGGUAUGGGAGUGAAUACGUAGAAUGCGAAAAUAAAUCACAAAUUACACCAUUUAGAAGCUGACAAAUACCACAACAUCACAAAUAUUAUUUAAAUACCUGACAGACCUCUCUAAAACUUUUUCCCUGCAUUUUCCGACUGUGCACUUUUUGGAUGUGUCUGAAUACGACAAUAAUUUUAUGCUAUUUUCUAGCCAGAAAAACCAGAAACAUAAUUCAGUCUUUCUUUUAAAAUGGUUGACUAAAAUUUUUUAUAUUAUUGAGAGUUUAGGAAAGUUUCUUUCUGCUUCAAUUCAUUAUUGGUAAUGUCAUAUAAAUUUUUAGAAUUAUGAUUAACUUUGGGAAAACCUCUAUAAAAUUUCUUUCAUAUACGCACUAGAGGAUCUCAGGGCAUUUCAAGUUAUUCGUGUGUGUGUGCAAUAACUAAUCUUAGAUACUGUUUGAAAUAAUAAUGCUCAUUAACCAGUUUGUUGACAAUGUCCUAAUUGUAAUGGCUUAUUAUUAAUUUUUUAUAUCUUCAUAAGUCAGCAUUUGGGGGGAUGCAGAAAACAUACAACAUACACACAGAUGUACUAGCUCUUUUAGUACUACAAGACUGUGCCCGUCAACACAAGAAUUCCUAUAAAUUCUCUUUUGCACAAGUUCCAUCAAAGAGAGGGAAAAAAUGAAUGGUGUGUUUGUGAUUAUAUGCACUAUGUCAUGUACAUUCCUGACAGAAGGGAACUUCCAUGUUGAUCAGGGAUUGAUGAGAACCAAACAGGCCACUUAUACUGUUUUGCUGUCUGACAACUGGAAGAGUUUUCUACAGACCAGCUUUUGGCUUUGUAAAUUUCAGACCUUGUCUCUCCUUCACUACCCACCAACGUCUGGUGCCAGGCACUGGGGGACUCUUUGUUAUCCGUUUAUGGUCUCUGGCCCUGAACCUUCAUGUUUUACCACCAUAGUGGGUGAGUUGGCAGAGUGAGUGAUGGGAGUAUUCCUGUCAGCCCUUCCUACACUAGGUUAUCUAUACAUUUAUCUAUACAUCUAGACUGUGAACCACCUAAAUAUAUCCCAUUAAGCCAAACUAAAUAUGUCCCCAACUCAACUUCUUUCAUUUCAGCUAGAACUAAAAAUGCAUGCAGCCAUGUCUUGAGGGUAUAAGGGAACUAGGAAUGAAUGGAGACAGUGGUUUUAAGUGACUACAGUAAAAAUAUCUUACUUUUAGAAAAUUUUUUUUCAAUUUUAUUUAUUUAUUUAUUUUUGGCCGCAGGGCUUGCAGGAUCUUAGUUCCCUGACCAGGGAUUGAACCUGCGCCCUCUGAAAUGAAAGCUCAGAGUCCUAACCACUGGACUACCAGGGGACUCCCCCAAUUUUAUUGAGGUAUAAUUGACGUACAGCCCUGUAUAAGUUUAAGGUAUACAGCAUAAUGACUUGACUUACAUACAUCAUGAAAUCAUUUCCACAAUAAGUUUAGUGAACAUCAUCAUCUUAUAUAGAUACAAAAUUGAAGAAAUAGAAAAAAAUUUUUUUCCUUGUGAUGAGAAUUCUUAAGAUUUACUCUCUUCACGACUUUCAUAUAUAACAUACAGCAGCGUUAAUUGUAUUUAUCAUGUUGUAACAUUACAUCCCUAGUACUUAGUUAUCUUCUAACUGGAAGUUUGUACCUUUGGCUACAUUUAUCCAACCAGGUUCCCCGCCACCUCCCCACCUCCCUGCAACCCGUAACCACAAAUCUGAUCUCUUUUUCUAUGAGUUUGUUUCUUCGUUUUGCAGUAUAACUGACCUACCACAGUAUGUUACUUCCUGGUACACAACAUAGUGAUUCAAUGUUUCUAUACAUUUCAAAAUGAUCACCACAAAAACUCUAGUUACCAUUUACUUUUAGAAUUUUUAAAGAAACAUAUGCCUAUAUGAUUACAUUGUCAGGGCCUGUCACUGGACCCUGCAAGCAGGGUGUCUUGGGGUUUAAGCUUCAGUAUCUUCAUAGUAAAUCCACCUCAGCCCCCUUAGGUGUAGGCAGAGAUUUUAUGGCAGCGAUUCAAGAUAGGAAGCAACUUUGCAUUCCCCUUGGUACCCUAGCCCUGCUUUUCCUGCUCUCCCCUCCAUACCACUUCCCCUCCAACGUGCAUUCUGAAGACUUCUCUCCUUCUGAUAAAGAGAAUUGGCAACAACAGUAUCACCACGGAUAAAUUCCUUAAUGUGAACCUUUUUUGCUUUUUGUUUUUGUUUUUUUUCCGGUACGCGGGCCUCUCACUGUUGUGGCCUCUCCCGUUGCAGAGCACAGGCUCCGGACGCGCAGGCUCAGCGGCCAUGGCUCACGGGCCCAGCCGCUCUGCGGCAUGUGGGAUCUUCCCAGACCGGGGCACGAACCCGUGUACCCUGCAUCAGCAGGCGGACUUUCAACCACUGUGCCACCAGGGAAGCCCCGAUGUGAACCUUUUUUAAUUAUAAGAUUAAAACCUGCCAAGUCAAUAAAUCUGAAAUAAAUAAAUGAACAUAUAUACAUAUGUUCACACGCACAUGAAAUUAAACAAUACCUAGGUAAAUAAUUUUAAUAUUUUGAUCUGUGUAUUGAGCCACUAUUAAGAAUGGGCAGCUAAGAGCUACCCAACCCACUUUGGGACUGUGCCCAGCUCCUGUUCAAAGGCAGCAUUCAUGGAAGGCUGAGCUUCUCCAGAACGUUGCUGCUUAGCCUGUGGGGUGUAUGUGUGUGUAUAUAUGUGUGUGUACACUCAUAUGGGUACACACAGGUAUACACACCCAUGCUACACAUCAGGUACUGUGUAGAAUGUGUGCUCUAUUUGGCUGGAAAUCUUCCCUUUCAAAGAUGCUUUUUGGGACUUCCCUGGAGGCGCAGUGGUUAAGAAUCCACCUGCCAAUGCAGGGGACCCCGGUUCGAGCCCUGGUCCGGGAAUAUUCCACAUGCCGCGGAGCAGCUAAGGCCAUGUACCACAACUACUGAGCCUGCACUCUAGAGCCCAUGAGCCACAACUACUGAGCCCGCGCACCACAACUACUGAAGCCUGUGUGCCUAGAGCCUGUGCUCCGCAACAAGAGAAGCCACUAAAAUGAGAAGCCCGCGCACCACAAGGAAGAGUAGCCCCCGCUCGCCACAACUAGAGAAAGCCUGUGCGCAGCAACGAAGACCCAAUGCAGACAAAGAUAAAUAAAUAAAUAAACUUACCAAAAAAAAAAAAGAUGCUUUUUGAACACGUGCUUCCUCACACGCCCUGUGUUCGGUCUCUCUCCAAAGAGGAUGAAGAGUUUCUAGAUCCCACAUAUUCACACAGACAUUCAUUUUUGAUGCCAAGCCUGUGUGACCUCCCUUUCUCAAGCCAGGGCCAACCCUGGAAUAUAGCUGAUUAAAAAAACACCUUUAUUUAAAACAGGCAUGAAGUCUGAUGACACAAUUAGGCUGCUCUCACAGGAGGGAAUUUAAAUGCAUGGGGCUGGCCUUCCUUCCUUCCUUCCUUCCUCUCUACAGUUCUGUCUGUCUCUGUCUCUCUCUCUCUCCCCGUCACUGGAGCUAGUGGCCCACAGCGGGGAAAUCAGUACUUUAAAAAGAAAACAGGGCGGGGCAGGGGAUAAAUUAGGAGUUUGGAAUUAACAUAUACACACUACUGUAUACAAAAUAAAUAACAAGGACCUACUGUAUAGCACAGGGAACUAUAUGCAAUAUCUGGUAAUAACCUAUAAUGGAAAAGAAUAUGAAAAAGAAUAGAUUUGUAUCUAUGUGUAACUGAAUCACUUUGCUGUACACCUGAAACUAACACAACAUUGUAAACCAACUAUACUUCAAUAAAA